AAUAAGGAAGUUAUCUGCACUGCUUCUUUCACAUUGGCAUGUAAAGCUUAUAAAGUCAACAAAAGAGUCAUUUAACCAUUAACCAAUAAGACCGUAAGUAAUUGUCACAUGCAAUACACUUUACUUACGAUGAGAAACUGAAUACAUUUGAAAUAGAUCGGGCUUGUUGAACUAGGAGAAUUAAAUGUAACAGAGAUAAUGUGGUGGAUAUAUGUUUUUGUGUUUCUUAUUCUUAUGACUGUAAUAUUAAGGUCUAUCGAUUGGCUUUUUCAAACAAUUCCGUCUAAAAUAGAAACAAAAAAUGUUACAGAUUUACCAGUGAAACUAUCAAAAGAAGCAGGUGCCGCCAAACAAGGGACACUUAAAAAGCGCAAAAGAGUGCUGGAAUCAGAACAUUCAGCAAGAAGAAAAUCUGCAAAAUCAGAGCCUUCAGAACUUACCGAUGAAGAGUCAUAUAGAGAAUCAAUGUCUGAGACGAGAAGAGAAAGUAUUAUAUUAUCAAGUGACGACUUUUCCUUAGAUAGCGACAUAUUCAAAGAUGAAAAGGUUGAUGUUUUUAAAAAUAUUAAACAUGAGAAAACUUAUAACGACGAAUCAAAUAGCUCGACUGAAGAUCUUGAAUUUGACAAAUUCUGUUCAUUUGUUGAUGGCAAACUGCUGAAAGAAGAGAUGAAAACUUUAGGCGUGCUACAUGGCCUCAAUAAGUAUAUCGAAGAUUCGUUUGACAAGUGGGCACAACUUGAAUUACAUGUUGCUGUGACAGGUAGCUCUGGUGUUGGAAAAUCGAGUCUCAUCAAUGCUCUUAGAAAGUCGAAGCCUACGAACGAAGGUGCCGCCGCUGUUGGUGUUGUUGAGACUACAAAAUAUGGUUGUAAAUAUACAUAUCCUGACAAUCCAAAUGUAGCUAUAUGGGAUUUACCUGGUGUAGGGACACAAAAAUUCUCAAGAGAUACAUAUUUGAAAGACAUGAAUUUCGCCAGGUUUAACGUAGUAUUGAUUGUUUCUUCUGGAAGAGUUCUUGAAAAUGAUAUAUGGCUUGGUAAGGAAUUGCGUGCCUUUAGAACAAAUAUCAUCUUUGUACGAACAAAAAUUGACAUUGACCUACGGAACGCUAACCGAGAUCACCCAGAUACGUUUACUGAAACGGACUGCCUUGCUGAAAUUAGAAAUUACCUAUCAGAUAGAAUUCGUAAAGGAGGAAUACCCGCUUCGGUUUCAGGUGUUUAUCUGGUUAGCUCUCCAGAAAGAACAAAGUACGACUUUGUUGACUUGGAUAAGAAUUUAAGAGCUAUGCUGAGCACCAAAGGAAAAGCCAUCAGGUCAAUCAUACAAAAUUAUGUUCAGAUAGAAAUAAGCAAGAAUCAACAAAUGAACAAAAAUGGUUUUAAAUCCCAAAAAGCACUUUCUAUAAUGUACGGAUUCGUGCCCACGCAAAUGCUUACCGAAAAACUACGCGAACAAUCAUUAUCUAAAAUUAAAACAGUUUGCCAACAAAAAUUUUGCAUUGAUGAAAAAUCGCUUGAUGAACCGGCAACUCAAUUGAAAACUUCGAAGAUGAGUAUCAUAGAGAAAGUAAAAUCACUCAGGAAGAAUUUUACCUCCGAUGUGAAAGACAAGAUCAAAAAUAAGUACAAUCCCUCAGAUGUAGCAAUUUCUUUACCGUUUGUUUCCGUGUUUUCCUCAGCGUACCACUCAUAUGUUACAACAAAGGAAAGUAUAAAUGCGAUGUGUGAUGAAAUGGCUGCAGAUGAACUAAGAUUAGCAAUUGUUCGACUAGAUCGGCUUGAAAGUGAUUUGAAACCUAUCCAGUGAAUGACCUUAAACCCAUAGUGCUGACCGCUUUGAGAAUAACAAUAAUUAAACUAAAAAAGGAUUGAUAUUCUAUGAUUAAUUGUUUUAAUAACAUUCAGGGCAGAAAAUUAUAACAAACGAUUAAUAAAUUCAUUCGAGCGGCAUUCAUUGAACGAAUCCCCUAAAACAGGAUCACAGGCAAGGAGCCCAGGACACCAAACAGGACAGGAUAGAAAUUGCUACAUAGUUAUUUUUUCCAAAUUCAAUGUUAAUAUAUUAAUCAAAUUUUCUGUCCAUUACUGUGUGAAAAGGUUAAUCUUUUUUUUUUUAAUAUUGUUACUGACAAGAAUCUGAGCCGAGGGGCAUUUGUGUUAAACAAACACUUUCUUGUCUUGUUUUUCCUUUUUGAAUAUUGUUCACGUUAAAAUAGAUUUUACAUUAUUUUAUGGAUUCCUUUAAAUCAAAAGAAGGGAUAAAGUAUGGUUGCGUACAAGACCCACGUUCUCAAAUUCAAUGUGACCUGAAGGUUUAAAAUCAUAUAAAGCCGGCUUAAACUUUAUGAUUCCUCAAUUAAUUGUCAAAAGUUUUAACAUAUAUCCCCACUGUCAGACAAUGUAGGGUACGCAAAACUGUUUGUAUGACUCUGUCAAGUCAACUGUGUUUACAUCAUUUUGCAAUUUUUCUGUCCAUUACUGAGUGGAUAGGUAAACCCUGUUUUGAAAUAUUAUUACUGACAACAAUCUGAGCCGAUGACAUUUGUGUUUAACAAACACUUUCUUGUCUUGUUCUUCCUUUUUACAUAAAUUAUGUACAUAUUGUUCAACACUAAAAAUAUAUUUUACAUUAGGUGGAGUCUUUUAAACCGAAAGAAAGGGUAAAGUAUGGUUGAGUACAAGACCAACGUUCUCAAUUUCGAGGUUACUGGGAGGACAAAAAUCAUAUAAUGUUCGGCUUAUAACUUCUCAGUUAAUUCUCAACAGUUUUAACAUAUGACAUCCCCACUAUCAGACAUUGUGUGGUACGCAAAACUGUUUGUAUGCCUUGCUUUUUGGCUGAUAACUUUUAUUUCUUGAAUUGUAAAAUACUUUGAAAAAUAUCUUCGGUAGGGUCAGAGUCGUGUCACGUGCAAAACCCAGAUCAAGCUUAUACAUAUUCACGAAUCAAAAUGACUAAUCGAGAAGGAAUAUUCGUCAGUCCAGAGAUCGUGGAUCGCGAUCUUGUUUGUUUAUAUCCUGUUCACUGAAGGUUCACUGUUUCUCACACUCUAAAAGUCCAAAUAAAAUUACAAUUUGAGUAUGUCAAAAUUAUGCGACGUUUACCUAAAUACAAUUUGCCGAUUAAAGACAGGAAGUAAACAAACAAGUACCAUGAUGCUGAGCUAGGAAGUUAUUAGUUUCGAAAAAAAAAUCAUUUUAUCCAUUCUAUCAACAUUAACGAGUCUAUCCAAAAUAAACCCCCUAUAUAGUUUUUAUAU